AGCAGAGAGAUGUCAUUACAGCAGACAUAUCGUCGCCCUUCGACGAUCACGAAGCCGGACGAUGACUCGGACACGGAGGAGUGUAACGUGGGGCUGAGGAAGGCAGAUGCGUGGGAGUCUCGAAUCAUCCACAGUGGACACUUCAUGGUGUCCUCGCCUCACUGUGAACUCCCGCCGAAGAAGAACUACGACUUCGACACAGUCAACAAACAGACCUGUCAAACUUAUCACUUCGGUAAAGCGAGCACGUCCCAGUUCUCCAUUGACGCUUCACUCAUAAAACUGUUCGAGUGCAUGACUCUGGCGUACAGUGGUGAACUGGUUUCUCCCAAGUGGAAAAACUUUAAGGGUCUGAAGCUGCUUUGGAGAGACAAAAUCCGCCUGAACAACGCCAUAUGGAGGGCCUGGUACAUGCAGUACGUGGAGAGAAGGAAGAAUCCUGUCUGUCACUUUGUGACUCCCCUCGAUGGAAACACAGACUUGGAUGUCCAUCGGCCUGAGGGCAUCGUCACAGAGGAAAAAUGCUGGAAAAGAAGAAUUGAAAUUGUGAUCAGAGAAUAUCAUAAAUGGAGAACAUACUUUAAGAAAAGGUUGCACAAGCACAAGGACGAUGACCUCUCCAGUUUGCUAAAGGGAAAACAGGAGCAGUUGUUGCUGUUUGGGGAAGUCUCUCCAGACAUGCUUCAUGUCUCCUUUAAUCAGGAUGACGACACCGCUCUACGUUGGGUUCCUCGCAAGUAUGCUGAGACUCCAACACCCAUGGAGAUGGAUAACCUUUUUGACAUGGAUGUUCUCAUGUCGGAGUUUUCAGACACGCUGUUCUCCACACUGGCCUCACACCAACCCAUGGCUUGGCCCAACCCCAGGGAGAUUGCUCACGCAGGAAAUGCAGACAUGAUCCAACCAGGACUGAUCUCUUUACAGCCCAACUUGGACUUAAUGGACUCAUUCGAUCCCCUCCAAGACUUAUUUCACAGCCUCCGUCAGCCCGUCUUCCCCUUUGUUUCCCUCAGUGCAUCAUCUGUUACCCCUCUAUCCAGCAGCAGUUCUCAGUCCCAGUUAAUGUCCUCCAUGCACCUUACAACCAACCACAUCUCCCCCUCUGGACCUUUGCCCUUGCUCCCUCCCAUAGUUGGUCAAACCACCCAGACAGUUGGUGGUGGUGGUGAAGGGGGCAGUGGUGGUGCUGACCAUGAUGCCUAUGUCCAGAACUACAUGCCAAUGUUUCCAGGACAGGUAGUCCAUGGUGACCCGCCUCAGCAAAUGUCCCAUGAUCACCUGGUGCAGUGUCUGCCUGACCAGGACAUGAUUGCUGCAGCACCCAUGGUGCCGUCCUCCUUGGACAACACCUCUGUUCUAGAUGAAGCCGUAGCACCAUCAGUGAUCACACACACAGCCUCCUCUGUGGUCAUGCACAGCGACGUGGCCAGCACCAUCUGCCAGGGCUCAGAGUACAACUCCAUGUCCACACAGCCCCCACCGUCCCAGCACCAGCUCCAGACUCCACUACACUCUGCUCCUGUUCAGCAGUCUUUUGCAUUACCUCAUCCACUUCAGCCAUCCAGUGCCAACAAAAACUGACUGGUGCAAAGAAUCGCUCCUGCUUAUCCCCUCCCUCCCUCUCAGCUUGUUUUCACAGCUCCAUUCCCGGGUCACAGCAAUGCUUUGAUUGUUACCCCUACACCUCUGAAAGCAGACGAUGUUCCCAACUCUGGAGUGGUCAUCUCUCCGUUUUAUUUAGGAGGGGUUGUGCCUCAGAAGCAGAAAUCUCAUCAAUCCAUUGUCCCAAAUCAGAAGUCUUGUUCUUCCAAUUGGAAAAGUCCCCAUAUCUCCUCCACCGUUGCUUCCAAUCAGCCACCACCAGGCUCAGGGGUAUCCUGUGUGUUAGACCAAAUCCCCAGUUCACAGUCUCUUAUCAGCAGUAGCACUGCUCUAGUGAAAAGUGAACAAAAUCAGAGCCGGAGGACAAAACACAUAUCUGCUGAGCAAAAAAGACGAUCAAACAUAAACACUGGUUUUGAAACGCUCUGCUCGCUGGUGCCCACCCUGAGGUCCCAGUCAAAUAUCAGCAAUGCCGCCACACUGCAGAAGACAGUGGAGCACAUUGGGAAGCUUCAACAAGAGAGGAAGCAGAUGCAGGAGGUGGUUAGGAGACUGCGGGAGGAGAACAACUCCAUCGGCUUCUGUCAAAAGCAGCUGCCUGCAACUGGGAUUCCAGUCAGAAUGAACCACUUGAGCCAAACACAGGAACAGUUCAAUGAAUAUGUGAAGAACCGAACUCUUCAGAACUGGAAGUUCUGGAUCUUCAGCAUCAUCUUCAAGCCCCUGUUUGACUCCUUCAAUGGGAUGGUGUCGACCACAAGCAGAGAGGAGCUGUACCAGACCACACUGCAGUGGCUCGAUCGUCACUGUUUUCUUCCAGUGCUCAGACCCAUGGUGUUGAACACUCUGUGCCAGCUAGGCACGACUACGGCCAUCCUCAGUGACCCCUCCUUGUUGCCUGAAGAAGCCGUGCAUGCCGUUUCCCAAGGAGAUAUGUAGCUGGAGGGGAAGUGGAAGGAGCAGCCACAAACGCAGCAUCACUUCUCCCUAAAUCAGCAGAGCCAGACCAUCGUCUCCUCCACAGGUCCAUCCUUUAUCAGAAACUGAACUGAACUGAACAGGGUUCACAGUCGGUGACGGACACUAAGCACUCCUUAUUCUGCAACACCUCUUCAGCAAACAGCUGGAUACCUGGACAUAUUUAUUACUACUCAAAAGAAAACAAUGCAACUCUGAAAGCAGCUACGAAUGUUGUUUGUAAAUGAUGUUCUUGUUCUUCCAUUAUAGUGUUAUGUCACCCAUUACCAGUAAAUCAGUUUCUUCAAAGAGCCUUAAAAGUGUGACAGUGUCAUUUCAUUGCUUUAUUUUCAGUAAAUAUAAUUUUGCCGUCGAUAGAUAUUUCUUUAGAUAAAUAAACAAUAUUGAACUUGAAACUU